AUGAACUACGUUUCAAACGGGGCCAUUUAUGGUGACCAACAACAUUCACAACACCCGCACCAUGGCCACAUGGGAGGAGUUGCUACGUCCAACAUUCAAGACUUGGGAUUGCUCCAUUCCUUUGCUCAAACUAACGCUUCUGGCCAACAACUUCAACAACAACAACAACAACAGCCACAACAACAGCAGCUGCAACAACAUAUUCCUAGUGGGCCCCAUGGCCAGGACUCUUCCCAGUUAUUACUGAACCCCUUAUCUCUGUCAGGGGCUGCUCCCCAGCAACAUCACCAACAAUCACAACAAGUACAUCAAAUUGUUUCUGGAUCAAGCUCUACCACUGGCUCUGCCACCCAUGGGAACUCUCCCUUAAAUCCAGGCCAUUCACAUAUGGCUAAUAGCGGGGCUGCCAAUACGUCACGGGACAAUACCACCAAUGGAGGAGCCACCUCUCAUAACAGUAACCAUGGACAUUCCAGUUCACAUUCCUUAACAGCUAAUGGGAUCCCAUUCCAUAAUCCGUUUGAAACCCAAAGCUACCCCUUGACCAACCCACCAAUCUUUGAUUAUACCAUGAAAUUCCCAUACACCACCAAUGAUGGGAUAACUCGUAGAAGAAGAAUUUCUAUAUCGAAUGGUCAGAUUGGUCAGAUUGUCAACCAUGAAGCAUUUGUUGACUAUCAUGCUGCUGAUGACGAUAUACCGUAUGGGAUUCCUAAGCCUCAAGACCAUCACCAUCACCACCAGCACCAACAACAACAACAACAACAAUCUUCUCAACAUCCUCAAACAGCACCACAGAUGAAUAAUUUCUUGGAUACAUCCGACCAUGUGACGACUCCGAUUGAACUUAAUGAAUCCGUUGGAGUUGAUAUGAAAUCAUUUGGGAAUGAAAACUCCCGAACCACCACCACUACAAAUUCCGGCUCAGCAGCAGGAGUACCACCACCAAAUCAUCAACUCAUAUAUGACAACGAGGUGAUAUAUAACCCCAACGAUGGACCAAUCCCUGGCACUGCAGCAUGGAAGAAAGAGAGACUUUUGGAAAGAAAUAGAAUUGCAGCCUCUAGAUGUAGACAACGGAAGAAACAGGCACAACAGGUGUUACAGGAGAACAUCUCAAAGUACCAGCUGGAGGUGCAGGGCUUACAGGACAAGCUUGACCAGUAUAGACAAAUUGUGAAGACAUACAACCAGACAAUCAAGAUCCAUGCCAAGGAGUGUAAGAACUUUGAAUCUUUGACAUUACUUCGUAUGUUGGAAGAAAUCGAUUUGGAUGAGGAGGAAUUGAAGUACAUUGCAUAG